AUGUGUCGCAUCAGAGCACGUGACGCCCACUGGGACCGCGCCGCCCGCGCGGAGGCCGCGACAUUUCUCUCUUCUCCCAUAUCCACCACCUUCCCUCUGCCGGCCCCCUAUGCAACCAGAGACAUCCCCUUCAUACCGUUGCCUCUCAUAACCCAUGGUAUCUUCUUCCCUUUCUUCUUCCUCUACCUACCAAGCGUCAACAAGAUUCCUUCGGUCAAGCCGGUCCCUGAGGACUGGGUGCACGACAACCUCAGAACAUCAGACCUUGUAGGCCCUCAAUCUGUCCACGCGGAGAGCAAGGGCGCUCUCCUCCACAUGGUCUUCGCAGACGCAGGCGACAAGCUCGAGCUCGUCGUCGUCGAGGACAUCACCGUCCCGGGCGCGUUCGACGACGCCGUCCUCCACACCGCCUCCCCCUUCCACUUCCACGCCGACGACCUCGCGAAGCUUAUCACACCCGCCGUUGCCGGCAUGACCGGCAUCCUAGCCUCCGCUGCUGCGCACGCCGGCCUGCACCUCCAGCGCGUCGUCGUCAUGAGGCCGUGCGCCGCCAGUGCUCACCCCGGGCGAUGCCUCAGGACGCGUGUUCGCCGAGACGGACUGGAACGAGGCGAGGUCGAGGCCGUCGGGUGCGCCGUAGAGAAGUACAUCUUGGUUGGGAGCACGGCAUCGCCCAUCAAAUCAUGA